AUAGUAUUGAGGAGGCUCGUAGAAGAAUUCGAGAUCAUGUUUCCCAUAAGCAGGAGGAGACACGAUUAAUUACGUCCUGUAUAAAUGAGCUAGGAUUAAUACAACUGGAUAAAGAAGAUUCCAUUACAACCACACAGAUGAUUGUUUGUUGCUCAGCUAUGCUUGGAAGAAUUCACAAACUUAGACAUCUCACUCACGGAAUACAUAUAAUUGUAUCAAGAUAUUACAUGGUGAAGAGUGAUGGAGUGAUCUGUAUUCCUUGGAAUCUUAGCUUCGGAGACUCGGAUAUCAGAGAUCAUAAAAAGGAUCAAACUAUUCAACAUUUAGCCUUAUAUUAAUUAUAUUGUCAUUUUUUACGGACAGAAUCUUUCUUCUUAGAGCGGAGUUAUGGUUUACUAUAGAUGAUACUGCAUAGCUGACAUGAACUCUGUCCCACUAAACUAUGCCGAUGCAGAUUUCAAAAGAAAAGAGAAAAAAUCAUUUUACAUAAAUAUUUGAAGAUAAAGCAUACAAAUAUUUCCAACUCUGCUCCCCCGGUUUUCAGUCUUUUUUAACAAACUAGGAUUUCAGGGCGUUUCGCGUCCAUCUUUUAUUUCAAUUCUGAACAUUUUCACUUUCAUACAUUGUAAAACAAAAACAAAAACAAGUUUGCGGAUUUUAUACGAAGAAAUUUAAAGGGGGUAGCUUUAUUUGAAAAUCGGUUAAGAAAGGUUCAACCCUUCACAAAAGUUGAUGAUGGUUUAUCAGUUUUAACCUCUUCAGAAACGGUUUCGUAAGGGCUUUCCGAUCCAAAUUGAAACCAUAGUCUAUUCCCUGGUCAGUAAAAUCAAUGAUUUCCAGGGGCCAGGUCCCCCGGCCCUGGAAAGAAAAUGUAAGCCCCCGCUGAACAACUUCCUUUAAAGAUCCUUGGUUUGAGUUAAAGUAUAAGUCUGUCCCUACAUGAUGACGUGCUGCAUCGUAUUUAGAUCUUUCUAUAUAUUAUUAUUAUUGUUAUUAUUGUUAGAGUUUAUUUAAGAUAGGGAGGUUUCUAAAUUUAUAAAGUCGUGUUACUCUCCUUUCAGA